CUAAUUUCUACCUAAAGAACUCUGUACAAUACUUCCCAAAAUGACUCGAAUCCGACUGACCUUGAUCUUAGGCUUGGUUCUUUGCCACUCAAAAUUGACGAUCACUAUGACUAAUGAAGCGACUUCAUCAUUAAUUCAAGCUCCGGCUCAUGACAUGGAUUUCAAGAUGUUCGAAAACCUUGAUGACAUAGCUGAUUGCAAUCUGUUAGUCCCUUCAAACAAGCCACGUCUUUCAGAUGAACAUACGCAUUCUAUAAACCUAGAUUUGGAUAACCCCAACUCGAAUGAGUUCAUUGAAGGCUAUUCUUCUGGCGUUUAUGAUGGUUCAACAAGCUCCAAAUCAGAUUCAUCCUCCAGCUAUAGUGUUGGCAGUGCAUUUACGGACAAAGAUUCGCAUGAUGCGGUCAAUUCUUAUCGACAAAUCCCACUGCCUUUGCUCAAAGAAGAAGGCGGACAGCCUCAAGGAUCGAUAGUAGAUCAUCAAGCUGGGUUUGAAUCCCUGCCAACCGCGAAGCCCAAGCCGAGUUCCCAGAGGCAGACAGGUGAGUUUGAAGGCCACUCAAACUAACUUGGAAACGUUACUGCUAGCGCUAUUUGUUGGAAUUCUACAGCCGUGGUGUCUUUCCUUUCUCUCCCUUUCACAUCCUUGUCACUCCUUUCCACAUCUGUCACUCACUUCUUUCCUGCUCCAGAUGAAUAUGCUUCUGUCACCUUCUGUCCCACAUCUCAGCCCACUUGUGUAUGUAGAUAAAUAAUCAUGCUCCUGAGUUAGAAAUUGAAAGCAUC